AUGCCAGUUGAAGGUUUCAAGGUGGAUGUCAAUAAGGCUGUCGGUCACAAAUUCUCUCCUUCCAAGGUGAACUGCAACCGUCGCGACUUUAUUCUCUAUGCUUUGGCUGUCGGUGUCAAGGAAAAUGAACUCAAGUACUUGUAUGAGCUUGAUCCCAACUUUGGCCCUCUUCCAUUCUAUCCUCUGGUACUUCCCCUAAAGGGCAAUGGGGGAGACGUGAACCUGUUCAAGGAGCGAUCGCAAGGUGAAGCUCUUCCUGGUAUGCCUGCAUAUGAUCCCAACAAGAUCGUACACGGUGAACAAUCCAUCCAAGUCUUCAAGCCUCUUCCUGCCAAUGGUGGCGACUUUUCAUUAGAAAAGACAUGCAGUGGUGUCUAUGACAAGGGCUCUGGUAUGGUGAUUGAAACUACCAUGGAUUUGGUUGGCAACGAUGGCACCAAGUACUGCACUAUGGUUUCAAAGUCAUUCGUUCGUGGUUACGGUGGUUGGGGUGGUCCCAAGGGUCCUAAGGCCACCGCUUAUCCUCCUCCCAAACGCCAGCCUGAUGUUGUUGAUGUUGUUCCUACUGCUGUCAAUCAAGCUUUGUUGUAUCGCUUGUCGGGUGAUUACAACCCUCUUCAUGCCGAUGUGGAGCUGGCUCCCAAGGUCGGUUUCCCCGCUCCCAUUUUACAUGGUCUUUGCACCUAUGGUAUCACUAGUCACGCCAUCCUGAAGCAUCUUGGUGGUAAUGAUCGCUCUCGCUUCAAGUCUAUUGAAGGCCGUUUCGCUAGCCCUGUUUUCCCUGGUGAAACUCUCGAAGUAUACAUGUGGAAGGUGGAUGACAAGGAUCCCAACGUUCAAGGUGUCAUCUUUGCUGUCAAGGUCAAGGAGCGUGAUGUUGUUGUUAUCAAUAAUGGUUAUGCCACUUUGCAUAAGAAUACUUCCAAGUUGUAA